GUGUCUUCGUAGUGAAUUAGCGGCGUCUUAAGGCUGUAGCCUGCAACGCGGCCUGGCCAACUUUCCGGUGCAUAGAGAAAAAUGCCGCUCAAACAAAAGCUAAGCUGCUCGAAGUAGUGAUUCUGUGCUUCCAUAGUCGGAUAACACUGUGUGCCUUCCAAUAGCGGAUAAUGUGCUUUUAUUUGUGCUUGAGUUCGUCGGUAUUGUGGAAUAUAGAGCUGCCGACGCAUCAGCGAUAUUGCGAUGCGUCGUUGACGCAGGGAUGGUGUGUCGUGUGUUCUUGCUAAGUUGAUCAGCCGCUCUGUCCCGAGGAAAAUCUGCGGCCACCCGACCAAGUCGAGGCUGUUCGAGGACACGACUCCUAAAAUCGAUAAGUGGAACUACAGAUGUACAAACAGAGAUCCCAUGCGAAUUAUUGCAUGCAACAUGUUGUACCUAACAGGACAUGUCAGAUAAAUGCCACAGCCCGAACUGCGUCGAUUAAGUUCGACGGGAACACAGGGACGAUACACAUUCCCAACCUACGACAGGAUUCCACGCGGAGCUUCGGCUUCAAUGUCUCGUCGCUGGACAAAGAUGCCUCUUUACAGCAGGGGUCGUUCGACUGCAUCCGACAGACGCCUGGUGGGGCUGGUCCGGGUCGAGGGGAGCUGGACAAGCUCGGCGCCCUCGUUCACAAGAUGCAGAUCGCCGCCAACGAGGAUUCGUAUGAAAAAACUCGCGAGCGCAUGGCUACCGCCGAACAAGUAGCCAAAAAGAACUGCGCCAAGGUCAUCAAGAUCACCGAAAAAAACGUGGGCCGCAAAGUCAAACUAAAAAGGCCGCCGGGUUCGGUGAUGCCGCCAGCACCGCCAACGUCCCCUCCCUUUCGGACGGCGCCAGGCCGUAACAGCCUCGCGCCUUCAGCUCGUCAAACGGAUAGGCUGGAUUCAAGUUCGCUUUCAGGAGGCUCCGCUUCGCGUCUUGAACGACCCGAACAACGACUUGAGCGACUAGUCGAAGGCUCGAUGCCAACUCUGCCCGUCACCAGUGGCCAAACGUCCCUUGAGCGCCAAACUCCAGCGCUUGUUAGUUCAUCCAAUAGUAACGUCUCCAUGAGCAGCAAAAACCACAGCCCUGCUCAAGCCAACAAAGCUAACCGUUUCAGCAAUGACAUCAUGAAGAGGUCUUACCGGGAACGUCUCAUUCAUAUGUUAGCUGUCAGACCACUGAAGAAGCCCGAGAUCUUAGCGCGGUUGAUUAAGGAAGGCGUAAAGGAGUCGGAAAAGAAGGGUAUGACGGCUUUGCUAUCCCAGAUAACCACACUCAAGGAUUCUACAUUUCAUCUUAUUCGCGCCGCCUGGCAGGAGGUACACGAAGACGACUGGCCAUUUUAUACCGCAGAAGAGAGGCUGUCAGUCAAAAAAAACCGUGCAAGUAUGGAACGCGAGGAUAGCCUCCCACGGCACUCGUCGACACUUCGUGUUUCUCCACUUUUGUCGGGACCGAUGACUCCUUCUAAUCCUUCGUCGGUUGUUAGCUCCGACUCCGGAGUGCAUUCAAAUCAUUCUCCAUCAAGUCACUCGGAAGAAGCUACCACUCCAAAUCACCCGCACGGUGGCGCUGCGCCCGGCUACACGAACGCCACGUCACAGCGGGAUCGCGAAAUAGAUCGGGAACGACGAGAACACCGCGAAAGGGAACGGGACUUUGAGCGACGUGAACGUGAUAGGGAGCAGCGGGAAAGGGACUCAUUAAAACGUGUUUCACCGUCGACGGCAUCGUUCAGCGACUCCGGUGCGGGAGUUGAUUCAAAGCGAAUGCGGCUCAACAACGCCUACGGAGGCAGUGGUAGUCAAUCGAAGAAAUCACCGCCAAUCUCACCGCCUCUAGCGCCGCCGUCCUCGAGGAGCGCACCGUGGGUUACCAUGGGCUCAACGGGUUCCAGCUAUUGCCAAUCUAGCCCAGAAUGUGUAUCACCAAGCUCCCAGGACUACAAGUCUACUGGUAGCUCUCCAUCGGGCGACGUGCCGGAGUACGUGGCACGUUACGUCGAAAUUACAAACCAGGAGCAGCGGUUCCGUUACAAGUGUGACUUUGCAGCUGAAUAUCCUCGAUACCGACAACUCCACCAGUUGUUGGAUCAGGUGUCUCACAAGUUCGUGGAACUUGAGAGCACCCUCCGCAAGUGCAACUAUGGAUCCGAGGACUUCAGGCGAGUCGCAAACGAGAUUAUGGCGGAAUACCGGAAAAGCAAAAACGACCAAGAGUACCAAAAUGCCAAGAAAAAUUUCCAGUACCUCCACGAUAAACUGGGCCAUAUUAAGCAACUUGUGGCCGAUUUCGACCGCGUGCAUUCGUAGCAGCCUCCCACCUAGAACUAAGUCAUCUCUAAACGCAACUACAACCAUAACUGAAAUGAAUACAUCUAUAGCUCUACGUUAGCUAUCGAAUCAUAUCGAGUCGAAUGCCCAGGUCUGUCGGUGACGAUCGUCGGUUGACCCAUAGAAACAGCCUCCGUCAGUAGCAACCCAUCGAGAGCAGAAGUUUGAUUGUGUCUUAAUUGUGCAACCCCUUUGAUCUGGCGAGAAGUUUGUAUCUGUUCGAAAUAAACAAAUGCACGGUCGCUGACGCAAGUUCAUGCCUUCGUGCAUACGUUUGGUGGCAAAUCUUGUGAUGACGUGUAGUGAUCGAUUACGCGCCGGAAAGAAGGGAAGGAAAAGCAGAAAAUAAAAAAAAUUGCCUAAAUAUUGCCGACGACGGAGAAGGAAUGCGCUUGACAAUGAGGACGCUGACGGUGAAGAUGAAGUCGGAAUGAAUUCCCAGCUGCUACAUGCUGGAUGUCAUCUUUUGAUGAUUAUGGUUAUAAUGAUUUUGGUUACUAGGACGAUUACGCUAACGGGAUUGGAGUAAAGACAGAUCACAGCUGUUACCGCCUCCAUAUCUCAAUUGCAACCAACACUGAUUCGAGAAGAAGCCACCCUCUGACCGAUUGAACUACGUGUAUACAUAAAUGUUGAUGAUUGUGAUGCCGAUAAUGCUGAUGACACAGAAAUAGAAAGUGCGCGAGAAACAAAAUAGAUGAAUAAUUACUACUCGUAUUUGGCGUGCACGGACGUCGGCCUCAAACCGCGCCAAUCCGUCUCCAUAGGGAAAAUGAACAUCAAGCAGAGUUAGCAGAAGGCAGCGGUUCUGCAGCUUAACAACAACAACAACAACAACAACAACAGGAGUCGCAGAGACCCUUAUGUCAGUGAACCACAUUAACCUUGAUGAGGAUUACGAUAGAUUUUGUUAAUGAUUAUGCUUGUAAUGAUGAUGUUGAUGACUGAGAAGCUCUCUUUACAUAAACAAUACAUAAUAUCAACUUCAAAAAUACACACAGAUAAACGUGAGACAGCAAGAGUGAGAGAAUAGCAGAGAGAGAAAGAGGGAGAACGAGAGAGAGAACAACAAUGAACGAAGAAUGUAGAUAAAACUACUAUCUACCGUCGUGCUCUAACGGGAUGCCUUUACGGCCGACAAAACUCGGAAAACUACACCUAACGACAGAGCAGACCGGGAAAAUCUGCCGACUCACAAUUUGGAGCUUAGAGAUUCUAACAACAACAACAACAACAACGACAAUCUGCAAUCACGACAUCAGUGGAGACGAGGAACUGCAAACAAGACCGGCAAGCCAGGACCCACAAACCGGGCAUCAAGUGAACGCAAUUUGUAAAGAUCGCCCACAAAAAUGUUCGAUAACUCUAUAGAACUAAUUCUACUGGUACCGUUUGGGAAGAAGGUGUUACCAUUGUCUACUUCAUUGUUGAACAUGUAUUCCUUAGAAUUACAGCUGAUAGCAUGGACCGCUACCCAGUGGAUUUUUGGGGUCUCGUCGAAAGAAACAAACAACACUGUUUUGAUCACACUUUGAUCGUAUAUAUUAAAUUAAUUCAUUCAGUAAUUAAUCUAAAAAUGUCAUAAACAAUAGCUUCAACAAGAAUUGUAUUACUGUUAUGAGUUUUUCUGUUUAUUUACGGCCUUUUUGUCCUCUUGGUCUUACCCCUUCUUUAUGGCGUUGUUAACUCGUCCGCUUUCUGAAUCCGUCAAAAUUCUCAUGACUAAUAGAUGUUAUCGGUUCUGGAUAAACGUUCACUAAGCCAAAAGCGAGCAGUUCCGCUCCUUUUGCGCGUAGUGCCAAAACUACUUGAUCUUUUUGAGAAAAGCCAAUCCCAAGCGAAAGAUCGUCGUCCUUUUCGGAUUUCACCCGCUUCCGGUAUAAGCAUAUGAGAUAUCGGAAUGAGCCUAUCUAAUGGGCAAUCGUAGCGGGUAAAUUCAAAUGACAACGUGAAGUACAUACGGUAGGACAGAUCACAGCACUCGAAGUUAUACAUCAGUCACAACGUACAAACAUAAUAAAUCGGUAAGAGACAAGUCCAUCUACAUACAAAAAAGUGCUUUCUGAGAUUCCGUCAUCUUUUUGUGAAUGCUGGGAAGAAAGCAAAUCGAAGAAAGGAACAGUAGACUACGCUGGUCCUGGUCGUUUGAAAGCCUCAACAGGAGACACUUGAAGCUGUUGUGUACAGUGUGGCAUAUGCUCGCCAAAUCGCUGGGUGACUAGCCGCCGCCGCCGCCGCCGGCGCCCUGAAAGACGUGAAUUCUGUAGUCGCGACAAAAUCAUGCGACAUAGUUAUUGCACUUGGGAAUGGAUUAGUUGCAGAGUUCCAGAAUUAAAAUGGAAUCGAGGGAGAAACAGCUGUCACGUGCCAUUCAACAAUAGGAAAAGCACCGCUUCGCAGAAACCACCUGCUGUAAUACGGCCGACAUAAAAUAUCUAUCUAAGGCCAAUAAAAACAAUUAGUAAUCUCUAUCGGUGAAGGAUGCCGUUUUGCUAAUUAAUACUCGAUCAUUGGGUGGUAGUCACAGAGAAACUACGAAUUUCCUACAACGACGCUCAGGCAUGGUAGAAGUUUGAAGCUAUUUCACCCAGUAUCGUUACCAUGGCUAUUGCUGAGUAGAUUCGUAUUGACAAAGUCAGCUCUGGCCGCAACAUCCGAAUAUUGAACGGUGCGAUGGAUAAGUGCCGGUGUUACCGUUUCGAUCUGACGGCAGUGUUCGUGCUUUCAGUUAAAUCGUCUGGUCGUAGUAAGCUUAACGUCAACUCCUGAGCUCCAGACGUUUUAUUAGGUGCGUACGCGUCCGCUCUUUUUCUCGCCAUUCCAAUCUCGCUCUUUCUGUGUCGUUCGGACGUGUUGUCGUUGACGCGGGUGUGAAAAACAGAAAAGGUCAGAAACUUCAUUCCAUAAGUCGGGGGGAGGUAUUCCAUAAGGGGGGGGGGGGUACAAAGUGUUCGCGUUGAAGUGUUCACCAACCUUCACGAACAUCACACCAUGGCACUGUUUCUGCCGAAAUCGACCGUCCUUGUGAAGAGUAAUGGGGCUGUCUGGCCUAUUAGCAGCUUCUCCGGCGGCGAAGUUCUGUCCGAAAGUAGUCUAGCCACUAAUGGCGAUGCCAAUGAGAGGAACACUGAGAAGAGUAGCUGUGGAUUUGUGUAAUAUUAACUCUGUAUAAUUACUUUUACCGUAGAGAUGAAAUAAAGGGGAAAAGAGACAAGUAACCACAAAGAGCUCUAAUAUUAUAGAGGAGAAUUAGGUGACGAUGAUCAAGUGCUUCUGCUGCUGGCAAUUACGACAACAGCGCAUGACAGAAGCA